CUGGUUGGGGAGCCACUGUCCUGCUGUCCUUUGUGUCAGAAUGUCUUGAAGGAUUCAUCAAGAAAGUCCUCCUGUCCCCAAUGUGGAGAAAGAUCCAGAACCAGACCUGGUCUGCAGACAACCAAUGCUCAUCUGCAGAAAAUUUCAGAUGCCCUAAAGCUCAGUCUGAGAACAAGAUAUGAACAUGUGACUGAGGAAACUAAUAAAACAGGAUGUGGAGCCCUCCUCAGAAUGAUUUACACUGAGCUCUACAUCACUGAGGGACAGAAUAAAGAAUUUUGCUUCCAACAUGAGGUGAGGCAGGUGGAGAGCGCUUCCAAGAAGAAUAUCCUCUUUGAAACACCAAUCAGCUGCCAGGACAUCUUUAAAGCCUUGCCUGACCAACAGAGACCCAUCAGAGUGGUUCUGACAUAUGGUGUUGCUGGCAUUGGAAAAACCUUCUUGGUGCAGAAGUUCACUCUGGACUGGGCAGAGGGCUUAGAAAACCAACACAUCAGUGCGGUGGUUGUGCUUUCAUUCAGAGAGCUGAACUUGGUCAGAGAUGAGCAGUACAGUCUCCUGGAGCUGAUCCAUGAUUUCUAUCCAACAUUACAGAGCAUCACAGCAGAGAAGCUCACUGUGUGUAAUCUUUUGUUCAUCUUUGAUGGCCUGGAUGAAAGCAGACUUUUGUUGGAUUUCACAAAAAGGAAGCUUUUGUCUGAUGUUACACAGAAGUCAACCAUCAGUGAGCUGUUGACAAAUCUCAUCGAGGGGAAUCUGCUUCCAUCUGCUCUCAUCUGGAUAACUUCCCGACCCGCAGCAGCCAGUCAGAUUCCUCCUAAAUGUGUUGACAGGGUGACAGAAGUUCGAGGCUUUACUGACUCUCAGAAGGAGGAGUACUUCAGGAGAAGAUUCAGAGAUGAAGCAUUCUCCAGCAGAAUUAUCUCCCACUUGAAAACAUCCAGGAGCCUUUACAUUAUGUGUGGGAUCCCAGUCUUCUGCUGGAUCACUGCUACAAUUCUGGAGCACAUGUUGACUACAGAGGAGAGAGCAGAGCUGCCCAAGACCCUGACUGACAUGUACUCACACUUCCUGCUGGUUCAGAUAAAGAAGAAAAAGCACAAAUACUCUGAAGGGCAUGGGACAGGUGUACAGAAGCUUAUCAAUGCUGACAGGGAAGCUCUUCUGAAGUUGGGGCAGCUAGCAUUUGAACAUCUGGAGAAAGAAAAUAUCGUUUUCUACCAAGAAGACUUGGAGCAGUGUGGUCUGGAUGUCACAGAGGUCUUGGUGUACUCAGGAAUUUGUACAGAGAUCUUCAAAGAAGAAUCUGUGAUCUUCCAGAAACCAGUUUACUGCUUUGUUCAUCUGAGCAUUCAGGAGUUUCUGGCUGCAGUCUACAUGUUCCACUGUUACACCAAUAAGAAGACAGAGGUGCUGCAGGACUUCCUUAGUAAAGACAUCUUAUCUCUGGAAGAUCUUUUGAGCAAUGCCAUGGAGAAAUCUUUCCUAAGUGACAGCGGCUACCUGGAACUGUUUGUUCGCUUCCUUCAUGGCCUCACUCUGAAGUCCAACCAGAGACUCUUAGGUGGUCUGCUGGGUCAGACAAAGAGCAGUCCACAAAUCGUCCAGAGAGUCAUCAACAACCUGAAGGAGAUUAAAACUUAUGAUAAGUGUCCUGACAGAAGCCUCAACAUCUUCCACUGUCUAAUGGAGAUGAAUGACCUUUCGGUACAUCGGGAGAUCCAAGAGUUCCUGAAGUCAGAGAACAAAUCCGUGAAGAAACUCUCUGGAAUUCAGUGCUCAGCUCUGGCAUAUAUGCUGCAGAUGUCAGAGGAGGUUUUGGAUGUACUGGAUCUGAAAGAAUACAACACAUCACAGGAGGGACGACAGAGACUUGUUGCAGCUGUGAGGAACUGCAGAAAGGCUCGACUUCACGAUGUUUGGCUCUCAGAGAAUCACUGUAAAACUGUGACCUCAGCUCUGAUGUGCAACAACUCCAAUCUGAGAGCGCUGCAGCUGAGUUCAAUCAAGCUGCGGGAUCCAGCAGAGGCACUGUUUGCUAGUCUGGGGCAUCCAAACUGCAGACUGGAGACACUCAGAUUUGAGAACGUCACUUUGUCAGAGAACAACUGUGCUGCUCUGCUCAGUGCUCUGAAGUCCAACCCCCCCUAUCUGAAACGUCUGGAUCUAAUAGCAUGCAACCUGGAGGGCGCAGGGAUGAAACAGCUGUAUGAUUACCUGGAGAGUCCACACUGCAAACUACAGUUUAAAAGAGUGACCUCAAUUUAAAUGCUGUAUUGUGGGCCGGGUCGCGGGGGCA